AUGGGCACGCUUGACAUCACCUUCAUCCAUAUAGCCAUAACCCUGCUCGUUUUUACCCACACCAAGAGCUCCACAGAGGCAUCUACCCACAGAAAUGAUACACUCAAGAGGUGCACAGCCCAUGAGCGGUCAGCUCUCCUCGCCUUCAGAGCUGGCCUUUCAGACCCUGCAAACCGCCUGUCAUCAUGGGGAGGCGAUAACUGUUGCGAAUGGAAGGGCGUCCAGUGCAGCAACACAACCGGUCAUGUUGUUAAGCUCGAUCUACAAGGCCCGGGCUGCGACGACAGUGUUUUGGGUAAGCAGGUGCUUGGAGGUAACAUAAGCUCCUCACUUGUUGGUUUGCAACACUUGCAGUAUCUGGACCUUAGCUGCAACCGUUUUGGUGACACGCACUCCACGGAUAUCACCUGGCUGUCACGGUUAUCUUCCCUUGAGCACCUCGACAUGAGCUCGGUGAACCUCAGUACCAUCACGAACUGGGUUUCCGUGGUGAACAAGCUUCCAUCUCUUGUAAGUCUUGAUCUUUCUUUCUGUGACCUUAGCACCUGCCCGGAUUCUCUUUUGGACUCAAAUCUGACGUCUCUUGAAUCUCUCAGCAUUUCGGAUAACAGUUUCCACAAGCAUAUCGCACCCAACUGGUUUUGGUAUUUAACUAGCCUCAAGCAACUUGAUGUCUCAUUCAGUCAGUUGCAUGGUCCAUUUCCGUAUGAGUUAGGGAAUAUGACCUCCAUGCUGAGACUUGAUUUAUCAGCAAAUGACCUUGUGGGCAUGAUACCUUCAAACUUGAAAAAUCUUUGUAGUCUGGAGGAGUUAUUUUUGUUUUGGAACAACAUCAAUGGGAGUAUAGCAGAAUUCUUCAAACGAUUACCUAGUUGUUCAUGGAAUAAAUUGAAGACUUUGUUUCUACCCAUAAACAAUCUGACAGGAAACCUACCAGACAAAUUAGAACCCCUCAGAAAUUUGACACGACUUGAUCUCAGUGAUAACAAGCUCACUGGUCCUGUGCCACUGUGGGUAGGACAGCUCACAUAUCUAACUGACUUGGACCUAAGCUCCAACAACCUAGACGGUGACUUGCAUGAAUGGCAUUUGUCAGGCCUAGUAAACUUGGAGCGCUUGUCUCUGUCUGACAACUCCAUAGCCAUCAGAGUGAACUCGACUUGGGUUCCUCCCUUUAAUCUUACAGAGCUUGAACUUUCGUCAUGCGUCCUGGGGCCUAAAUUUCCAACUUGGCUCAGAUGGCAAACAAAUAUGUAUAAUUUCGAUAUCUCAAACACAAGCAUAUCUGACAUGGUUCCAGAUUGGUUCUGGACAAUGGUUUCCUCUGUUCAACGUCUGAACAUCAGAAGUAAUCAGAUUAGUGGCUCCCUAUCACCUAAAUUGGAACUUAUGAGAGCAUCUGCAAUGGAUCUAAGUUCUAACCAGUUCAGUGGUCCAAUACCUAAGCUUCCUAUUAAUCUAACGAUCUUGGACCUUAGUAGAAACAAUUUAUAUGGUCCACUGCCACUGGAGUUUGGAGCGCCCAGGCUGGCAUCACUUUUUCUAUAUAACAACUUCAUUUCUGGCACUGUCCCAUCUUCAUUAUGCAAACUACGGUCACUACAAUUCUUAGAUAUCUCAGGUAAUAAGCUCACUGGAUCGCUUCCGGAUUGCCUAGCCUAUGAAUACACAAUAAACAUGACAAGUUUGAGUAUUCGUAUUCUAAACUUAGGAAAUAACCACCUCUCCGGUGAAUUUCCAUUAUUUCUCCGAAACUGCCAGAAACUCAUAUUCCUUGAUCUGUCACAUAAUCAAUUCUUUGGGGCUUUACCGUCAUGGAUUGGGGAUAAGCUACCAUCUUUGGCAUUCUUGCGGUUAAGGCAUAAUAUGUUUUGCGGUCACAUUCCAGUGGAGUUGGCGAAUCUGAUUAAUCUUCAGUAUUUGGACCUCGCCUGCAAUAAUUUCUCAGGCAUUAUACCAAAAUUUAUUGUCAACUGGAAGGGGAUGACACAAACAGAAACAGGUGAAGAUCCACUGGCUACUGCUAUGGCAUUUGGUACAAAUGGAACGAUGGAAUAUAAUGAGCAGCUAUAUACAGUAGUCACAAAAGGUCAAGAGCAGCUAUAUACAGGAGAAAUAAUUGAUAUGGUGAAUCUGGAUUUAUCUUGUAACAAUCUUACUGGAGAGAUACCUGAAGAGAUCUGCACUCUCGUUGCACUGAAUAACUUCAACUUGUCAUGGAAUGCCUUAAGUGGAGAAAUUCCUAGAAAAAUCGGUGACUUGGCACAAGUAGAAUCCCUCGACCUAUCACACAAUGAGCUAUCCGGUGAAAUCCCCACAAGCUUAUCAGCUCUCACGUAUUUGAGCCACUUGAACCUGUCAUAUAACAAUCUAUCAGGGAAGAUACCAUCUGGAAAUCAGCUGCAAGUGCUCGAUGAUCAGGCAUCAAUCUAUGUCGGCAACCCAGGUCUCUGCGGUCCUCCUCUCACAAAGAAAUGUCCUGAAACUGACUUGAUCCCUGCUGCCCCAGAAGAUCAAAAGGAUGGAAGCGAUAAUGUUUUCCUUCUCCUCGGCAUGAGCUCCGGAUUUGUGAUAGGGCUCUGGACAGUCUUCUGCAUCCUCUUGUUCAAGGUGAAAUGGAGAAUUGUUUGCUUCACAUUCUAUGAUAAAUUGUAUGACUGGUUUUACGUGCAAGCAGCUGUUGGCUUGGCUUCUUUGACAAGAAAAACGGAUACCAGGAGCUGA